CAUUUACCUUAAGUUGAUAUUUUGCUUAGAGUGUUUAUCUAACAUAUGCUCUUAUAGGCCCUAUAACUAGCAUAACCGAGCCCUGGAAGGACCUUGAGUACCGAGUUUCUUCUGAAGGAAAUUUUUGGGUUUGACAAGGUACAUUUCGUACCUACAAACAAGAUGACACCAUUUUUCCUGGUGUCCUUACUUCUGGCUUUAUUGCCGUCGAUCAGGGCUGCAUCAACUUUCUCUCCAGCUCGCCCACCAGCUCAACCAUUAGCCGUCAGAUCUCCGUAUCUGAGCGCAUGGCAGACCGUCGGAAGUGAUGGGGGAAAUGGUGGUUAUCUUGCUGGUCAAUGGCCCUCAUUUUGGCCUGGACAAACUCUUGGUUGGACUGGACUCAUCAAGGUUGAUGGCACUGCAUACUGCUGGCUUGGAAAUCCCGCCAAUGUGCCCUUUGUCAACCAGACUUCUUACAGUUAUACAAGUACAUCGAGUGUAUACGUUCAAUCUGUGGAGGGAAAGGUACAGAUAACGGUUACUUUCUUGUCUCCUAUAACUCCCGAUGAUUUCCUGCGUCAGUCACUCGUCUUCUCUUAUAUUAAUGUCGAGGUCGUGUCUUCGGAUGGUAAAGAACAUGAUGUUCAGUUGUACACAGACAUUUCUGCUGAAUGGGUCUCGGGUGACCGCAGCAAUGUCGCACAAUGGGAAUAUGGCACCAGUGGGAGAAUUUCAUAUCACAAAGUCUAUCGUCAGACGCAACUGGCAUUCUCAGAGAUCAACGAUCAGACCGAGUAUGGUAACUGGUGGUAUUCCACCACUGCAGAUAAGGGUUAUACUUAUGAAUCCGGUAUCGAUGUUGAUGUGCGUGGUCAGUUCAGCAAUGAAGGCAAAUUGAAAAAUACCGUGGACACCAACUAUCGUGCUAUCAGCGAUAAAUGGCCUGUUUUCGCGCACGCGUUCGACUUGGGAAGAGUGGGAACCAGAUCGACUAGCCGUUUGUUCACUAUCGGCCUCACUCAAGAAGAUGCAAUUCAGUUUGAUGGUGCAAAAGGCGUUGUUCCGUUGCCCUCACUGUGGACACAAUACUUCCCGGACGAAAUCUCAGCACUGCACUUCUUCCAGAAUGACUAUGAAGUCGCUAAAUCAUUAUCCUCUUCCCUGGAUGAUAAGGUGCAGUCAGAUGCAUCGGCAGUCAGUGAUGAUUAUGCCACUAUUGCAACUCUGGCUCUUCGGCAGUCAUUUGGUGCAACCCAGCUCGUCGGUACUAAUGAGACGCAAUACGUUUUCAUGAAAGAAAUCUCAUCUGAUGGCAACAUCAAUACUGUCGAUGUGAUCUUCCCAGCUCAUCCUGCCUACCUAUAUACCAAUCCGGCAUAUCUUAAACUUGUCAUGGCUCCUCUAUUUGAGAAUCAAGAAGCUGGACAAUAUCCCAACCGAUGGUCGAUGCACGACGUAGGCAGCCAUUACCCCAAUGCCACCGGCCACACUGAUGGCAACGAUGAACAGAUGCCUCUGGAGGAGUGUGGUAACAUGUUGAUUAUGUCUCUUGCAUACUACUUGGCUUCGAAGGACCUUGACUUCCUCACCAAACAUUACAAGCUCCUCGAUCAAUGGACACAGUUUUUGGUCGACGAAGCUCUUUACCCAGCCAAUCAAAUCUCCACCGAUGAUUUUGCUGGAUCACUUGCAAAUCAAACCAAUCUGGCUCUCAAGGGAAUGAUUGGCAUCAAGGCUAUGUCAGUUAUUGCGAAUGCUACCGGCAACAGCCUUAGCGCUUCGAAUUACAGCUCCAUUGCCAGCGACUACAUCAGUCAAUGGCAAACGUUAGGCAUCAACAGCGCUGCAAACCCUCCCCAUUCGACACUUUCAUACGGAUCGAAUAAUUCUUGGGGUCUUUUGUACAACUUGUUCGGCGACAAAGAACUUGGGUUGAACCUUGUUCCACAGUCUGUUUAUGACAUGCAGAGCACUUUUUACCCGAUUGUGAAUGGCAAGUACGGAGUGCCACUUGAUACUCGCCACACUUAUACUAAAGGCGAUUGGGAAGCAUGGGCUGCAUCAAUUGCAAGCGAGUCCACCCGGGACAUGUUCUACUCUGACCUCGCCAACUGGAUUAAUGUAACCCCUACCAACCGUGCUCUCACCGAUUUGUACGACACUGUUACCGGUGACUACCCCGGCAUUUACUUUAUCAACCGACCUGUCGUCGGUGGAGUAUUUGCUCAGCUUGUCCUUGAACUGGGCCUUCAUCCAUAAAUAGAAUUUUCUAUGCUUCCAUUCAUAUUUCAUAUACAUUCAUACAUGAUUGGGUUUAUUCCAGGGUGCAUUGAAAUGCACAUAGGAAUACUUUCUCAACAAGUUAUCAAGAUCUUGAUUCUUGUCAUGUGCAGAGAAUGGCGCCUGAUCUACUUAUGAAGGAUGGAAUAUGAAAGCCCUGAAAUGAUAUAGCCUAUGAGGCGCAAAGUAGAAUGGUCCACAUAGGUGCUAGCAGUGUGAAGCUAAUCAUGAUGUAUAUACUACGUGAACUCUUCAAUUUCAAUCAUGAACGUACUGCAUAAGGC